GGGAGGAGAUAGAGACAGACAGGGAGAGGGAGAAAUGGCGCCUCGAUGCUGCGCUCACUGAGGCAGUGUUUGGAGCCGGUUAGGGAGAUUCAGUAAGGGCAGACAAAAGGAAAAAACAUGGUGAACACAAGGAAAAGCUCGCGGCCGAGGAGCGGUCCCUUCAUCUCCUCCAGGACUCGGUCGUCGUCGAGAAACGAGCGAAACUCUGAGGAACAUAAGGAGCCCAGUAGUGAUGUGAGCAGUCCCAGCAGCCCGCGGUUGGCUCCCCCUUCUAAGCGGACGCGGCGGCAGACUGCCUCCGAGCCUAGCUCUAGUGAUACCUCACCGUCCCCUCAGACUAAGGGCCAGAGGGUCAGCUGGGACAUUCCUACCUACCGCACCAGGUUGUCCUCUCGCAUAAUGCAAAAUGGGCACGCCCAUAUGAGUCACCGGAAUGACGAGAGUGGAGGGGGAGAUCACUCUCACAUGAAUGGUCAUGUGGAGCUGAAGAGGAGCUGCAGGGUGAAGAAGAGCCAAUUUGAACACCUCAAUCAGAGCCUGCUGUUUGACCAGCUGGUCAACAGCACUGCCGAGGCUGUCCUUCAAGAGAUGGACAACAUCAGCAGCAUUAGGCAGAACCGUGAGGUGGAGCGACUUCGCAUGUGGACUGGAGACACUGAGGAGGAAAACAUGGACAUGUAUUCCCGGGUGAAGCGCAGGAAGUCCAUGCGCAGGAGCACUUUCAGCAUGCCUACACACCACAAAGUUAUGAGCAAGAAUGAGCAGGAGGAUGAAGAGGAGGAAGGGACGGAAGAUUCCCACGGUGAGGAAGAGGAGGAGGACGCAGAGGAUGAGGAUGAUGAAGGGGAUGAAGCAGAAGAGGCAGGAGAGGAAAAUGACAGACCGUACAACCUGAGGCAGCGAAAGACAGUGCAGAGAUACGAGGCACCGCCUAUUGAGCCAGUGAACAGAAAACAGAGCAACCCCUCACUUUUUGACACCCACAGAUCCCCAGCAAGAAGAAGCCAUAUAAGAUUGUCCCACUUCGGCAGAGUGAAGAAACAUGCCAUCCACAGCAGCGACACCACCUCGUCUUCUGAUGAGGAGCGGUUUGAGAGGAGAAAAAGCAAGAGCAUGACCCGGGCCAGGAACAGAUGUUUGCCCAUGAACCUGACUGCAGAAGACCUGGCUAGUGGGGUGCUGCGUGAUCGGGCGAAAGUGGGCGCCAGCUUGGCCGAUGUGGAUCCCAUGAACCUCGAUAGCUCAGUGAAAUUUGACAACGUGGGCGGCCUCAGUAAUCACAUUAAGGCACUGAAAGAGAUGGUAGUGUUCCCACUGCUUUACCCUGAGAUCUUUGAGAAGUUUAAGAUCCAGCCUCCCAGAGGGUGUUUGUUUUAUGGCCCUCCAGGGACAGGAAAGACCCUGGUAGCACGGGCACUUGCCAAUGAGUGUAGCCAGGGAGACAGGAAGGUUUCUUUCUUCAUGAGGAAAGGAGCCGACUGUCUCAGCAAGUGGGUCGGUGAAUCGGAACGCCAGCUACGCCUGCUCUUUGACCAGGCUUACCUGAUGAGGCCAUCUAUAAUUUUCUUUGAUGAGAUUGAUGGUUUGGCUCCUGUUCGCUCCAGCAGGCAAGACCAGAUACACAGUUCUAUUGUGUCUACUCUGCUGGCCUUGAUGGACGGCUUGGACAGUCGUGGGGAGAUAGUGGUCAUUGGUGCUACAAACAGACUUGACUCUAUCGACCCGGCACUCAGGAGGCCUGGACGCUUUGACCGGGAGUUUCUGUUCAACCUGCCCGGCAAGAAGGCCAGAAAGCACAUCUUGGAGAUUCACACACGGGACUGGAAUCCCAAAUUGGCUGAGCCAUUUGUAGAUGAACUUGCAGAAAAAUGUGUCGGCUACUGUGGUGCUGACAUCAAAGCGCUUUGCACAGAGGCAGCCUUGGUGGCGUUGCGCCGCCGCUACCCCCAGAUCUACGGCAGCAGCGUCAAACUGAAGCUGGAUGUCACCUCCAUUGUCUUGGGGCCCGGCGACUUCAGCAAGGCCAUGAGGACAAUCGUCCCAGCCUCCCAGAGGGCCCUGGCUCCCCCUGGCCGAGCCCUGUCCCCCACCCUCGGGCCCCUGCUGGCCAACUCUUUCUCCUUGGUGCUGAAAGCUCUGCUCCGAGUCUUCCCCCAUGCUCAGUGUACUGACAGGGACAACACACACGGCGGUGACAAUCAACUGCUCGAAGAGGACUUGUACAGCGACGAUGACAAUGAGGAACGCUCCGCUUCCAUCUAUGAAGUCCAGCCUGCUGCAUCCCCAAAGAGUCAGCUCUCCUCUUCUGCAACGCACAGACCCUUCCUCCACUUCUCCUCAUCUGCCCUCCAACAGCCCACAGCAUACCGGCCUCGUCUGAUGCUGGCUGGGGCCCCGGGCUCAGGACAGAGCUCUCAUUUGGCCCCCGCCUUGCUGCACCACCUGGACAAGCUGCCAGUGCACCGCCUGGAUUUGCCCACUCUCUACUCCGUCAGCGCUAAGACGCCAGAGGAGUCCUGUGCUCAGGUUUUCCGCGAGGCCCGGCGGAGCGUGCCCAGUGUGGUGUUCAUGCCACAUAUCUCAGAGUGGUGGGAGACAGUGAGUGACACUGUGAAGAGCACCUUCCUCACCCUGCUGCAGGAUGUGCCCUCUUUCAGCCCUGUCCUUAUCCUUGCCACUGCUGAGACUCACUACUCACAGCUGUCAGACGAGGUGAGAAGUAUGUUCCAGAGGACCUACGGGGAGGUAGUGACGCUGUGCCCUCCAGGAGAAGAGGACCGGAGGAGCUUCUUCUCCGACCUGCUGUUGGUCCAAGCGGCCAGAGCUCCGCCACGCCUCAGGAUCACAGAGGUGUGUGUAGAGACACUACCGGUGGCAGAGGCUCCAGGCCCCAGAGUCCUGUCAGCAGAGGAACAGCGCCGCCUGGCUGAGCAGGAGGAGAACACACUACGGGAGCUCCGGCUCUUUCUCAGGGAUGUGACCAAGCGCCUGGCCACUGACAAACGCUUCAACAUCUUCAGCAAGCCAGUGGACAUUGAGGAGGUGUCAGACUACCUGGAGGUUAUUCGGCAGCCGAUGGACCUGUCCACUGUCAUGACCAAGAUUGACACUCUCCAGUACCUGACAGUGAAGGACUUCCUGGUGGAUAUCGAUCUCAUCUGCAGCAAUGCUCUGGAAUACAAUCCUGACAAGGAUCCUGGAGACAAGGUGAUCAGGCACCGAGCAUGCAGUUUAAAGGACACAGCCCAUGCUAUAUUUGCGUCCGAGCUGGACCCCGAGUUCGACCGCAUGUGUGAAGAGAUCAAGGAGGCACGCAGGAAGAGGGACCUCCAGACGCCAGCUCUGCCGACGCCGCCGACGGGCGCUGUGGCAACCAGAAAGCAGCACACUGCAGGAGAGGAGCAGGCGAGGAGCAGCACUCAGGGCGAGGCCACUGAAAAACAGUGCACCACUAAUCAUAUAAAGCGGAAGAUUCGCCGGCGGCCAUCUUGGGGGCGGGGCAUCAUCCGUAAGAAGAAGAGCUACAGGAAGGAAACAGAAGAGGAGGAGGAGGAGCCUGAGGCAGAGGCAGAGGCAGAAGCUGCAGGGCCCAGUGACUCAUGUUUGACGCAGGAUGAGGAAUCAUCUUGUGAUACCAUGGGUCCCCAGCCCAAUGGCCACCAUCCCCAUGUCCCCUCCACAGAGGAGGAGAGCUCCAACGAGCCCCCUGUCGCAGCUCCUGCCGAACCUCCCGAUGCCAGUGAAGCCCGAGAAGAGCCAACACCUAAGGAGGAGGAGCCCACAGCCAAAGAGGCAGAGCCCGAGAACACAGAGAAACACACUGAGCUGCACUGCCUUGAUGGCACUUCUCAGCCCAAGGCAGAAGGGGAUGGCCAGGCCAAGCAGGCCGACUUCCAGCCUUUGAUGGAAAUGUCUGAGUCUUCAGAUGCUGAGGUCCAGCCUAAGCACACAGAGGGUCUCCUCGUAUCACAAGCGGAGUGUGUGAAUGGAAACGAGUCGAUGGACAGCCUGGACUCGCAGAGCCUCCAGAGGAGCAGUGAGGCUGAGAAAAGGACUCCUCUGAGUACGGCUGAGGGCUCGAAUGAACCAGUACAGGAAGAGCACAAAGACAAAAAUGAGAGCAAUCCAACUCAGGAGCACCCUCCCCAGGAUGGGAGUGCAGUAACAGAAAGUGUUGAGGAAGGUCAAGAUACAGAAGGGGGUUCCACAGACAAGACAUGCAAGACGAGCCUGUCGGAGCAGCUGAAGGGAUCUGCUGAAAGCGUGGAGGAAGAGCCACAACCAGUCCCUCCCCAUCCUCCCUUAGUGGUUGACCACCAGCGACUUUCGGCUCUCCUGGACAUGGUGGUGAUGAAGAGUGAGGGCUACAGCGUGGAGCAGCUGGAGAGACUGUACUCCCGUCUCAGCCAGUGUAUCUACCAGCACCGCAGAGAGUACGACAAGACCCAGCUACUGGAGGAGAUGGAGGAGAGAAUCCAGCAUUUUGAUACAUUCCUGUGAGACGGAGAGAAGACCUUAUCAGGUAGAUCCUGAACAGCCUGGGACCACAAAGACACACACAGACUGAGUGAGACAGAGACAGAGAGUGGAGGAGCUUCUGAGUCCAGCCCUCAAUAACACACACAGAAAAUCCAGCACCCUCUUCUUGCUGGGUUGGGGACACAACGAGGACGACGUUGAGGACAUUCAAUGGUGCUAUCGUCUCAGGAACCUGGCCAGAUCCAGACCCAUUCUACACAACCAAACUCCUGGAGGUGUGUCAGUCACACACGCACUCACACACACCGACGGUGACGGGCAACCCUGGUGCUACUCGGGUGCUAUCCUAACUUUCAUCCAUGCUGCUCUUGGGAUUACUUCUUAACUUGGAUGACUAGCAAAACCAACAGAUCGGGUGAUGUCAUAUCGCAACCUGCAAGCCGCGCAUAGUACACACUCACACAUGCCCUGAAACUUGGGUAUGCAAGUUUAUCUACACACCCAGAAAAUGCACACACACACUCACCCAGAUCACCACCAGCAGAAGUGUGAAUGCAGAGUGCCGAGAGGAGAUGAGGACAGAUAAUGUUCUGAAUCACUGAACCACGUUGCUGAGCCCAUCUUCCCCCCUCGAGUGGAAUGCUUCGUCAUAGGCCAGUUAUUACCACGCUAUUAUGCGGCUCAUUUUUUCUGCCAUUUAAGCUACUUGAUUAAUUCAAUAUCUGAGCCGCCGUCAAGGAUACUCACCCAGAACAAUAGUUUACAAAGAAGUUUUCAGUGUGAACACAAACUCGUCGAGGUUAGCACAGCAGGACUAGAACCGAUUAUGUCCUCUUCAACGCAGCAGUCGUCGGGGGUGGAGAGCCCCCUCAGCGUUUGUCUCAGAGUUACUGGUGAACAAGCUUGUAGGUCAGCUGUACAACCACUCCGCUCAUAGACCACCUCUGGCGUUCACAGUCUUAGCAGAUUGUCAUGUCCUAAGUAGUUUGUGUGGUAGCUGAACCCCCCUCCUCCUCACUGCAUUCACAGUCUGAAUGUUUUCCCUCCCGCUCAAGCUGUGCCCGCCAGUUGAUUUUCCUAGCAACACCCCGGCUGAGGAACUGGAAGCAGUACAAAUUGGAAUGCGUCAAAGAGUUUGCACUGCCUAGUGUGUGCCUUAUUUAAAACCUCACAUGAAACUCUGAUAUAUUUAGCAGGAUUUUUUAUUUACUACUUGUGACAAUGAACAGGCUCCAAGUUGGGGGUGGGUCCUAACCACUGAGGUCACAGUGACCUUGAAGCAAAAAUACAUAUAUUUACAUGUUAUUAGGUCGUUUUAAAACAUAUCUUGACUAAACAUCUCCAACCUGGGCCAAAAAAAAAACAUUUUAAAUCUGAGGAAUACAAAAAGUAUGGAAGCAGAUAAGAGACAAAAAUAUUUUAAAAGCAACUGAAAACUUUAUAUUGAAAUUUUAACACUAACACUGAAAUAUUUUACUUUGAAAACCAAGUGUCUGAAUUUAUCAGUUUUAGGGAUAUCAGUACUUAAUCAUUAAUCGGUUUGUAGCUGAGAAUAUUUUUGACUGGUUGUGCAUACUGCUCUGUAGAUUAAUGUUUUUAUAUUCUUCAGUUGACUGUAUUGCGCACCACCCAGCUCUGGUGGAAGCUAACGUUAGCUAACGGCACUGCUCAUUAGGUGAUUACUGCUUGUAACACCAUUCUGACCCAACAGCAUUGCUGUGGAAACACUCCGCCAGGUUGCCACGGUGAUUUUGAGCCGCAAACCUCCUACAGCAUUAAUAACGACUGUUAGCUUUGUUAAUACUGUUUGCAGUGUCAGCACGGUUAAUGGUGCCAACAUAGUUAACAGUCCUAAAGAGGUUUUGCCACUCAAAAUGAACCCGCUUAGAUUGGAAGGUGGCCACCAUUUACUGCAGCAAUGGCGUUGCAAGUGGUAAUGGCUAAAUGAGUGAUGCUGCUAGCAAAGUCCCACAUGUCCCAUUUCGUUUGUCCAGUUUAAAGUGGACAAGGCUAACGUUAGCUAACAGGUGGACACUGGAGGGUGGGUGUUGGGCACUGUUUCAGCAUGUUAAUGCAUCAAGGCAGUAGUCGGUCAGUAGAGCAAACCAAAAAUAAAAUGAGAAGCGGGAUAUUUACAAUACAAAACAUUUAAAUUUUUACAACCUUUCAAUAUAUAGUGCUCUGAGAUGUGAUGCUAAAGCUCAAUGAGUAGAUGGAGUGCUAGACUACAAGAAAAGGCCUUUUGUAUUUCAUAUCAUUUGUAUUUAUUUAUUUAUUUAUUUUCUUAAAAAGCAACUGCUUUCUUACUGGGUUUUUUGUACCAUCUCUUUAAAAAUGAAAACAUGAAUUUCUUGAUUUGCAAUUUCAAAAGCUGAAUUUGAAUUUAUACUUUUAUAGUGUUCUUAAAUUAAGAUCCAAAAAUUCAAGUUUCAGGAAAAAAAACCCCAAUACAAAAGUCAAGGAGUCAAGAAAUCCUUUAAAAAAAAAAAAAAAAAUGUAAAAAAAAAAAAAAAAAAAAAGAUUUUUUUUAAAUUGAGGAACGUAAAAAAAAAAAAAAUACAUAUUCAAAUUUAGCUUUUCAAAAUGCAAAUCAAGAAUUGUUAUGUUUUGAUUUUAAAUACAUGAAUUAAAAAAAAAAAAUUAUCCCAAAAUCAAAGUUUCAGAACUUCAUAGAUUCAUGUUGGUCAAAUUUGAAUGCUCAAAUUCAGAUCCAAAAUUCAAGUCAAAAAUCUAUAUAUUUUUUUAACUCUGAAAGUUGAAUUUUUGGAUCUGACCUCAAAAACAUUGAAAACAUAUUUAUUCAAAUUAAGCUUUUGUAAUUGCAAAUCAAGAAAUUUUGUAUUGUCAUCUCAAAGAAGUGAUGCAGGACAUAAAAAUUCAGAUAUAUGGUUUUCAAAUUAAAAUAUUUCAAUGCUCUGAAUUAAGUAGUGUUUAAAUUUGAAUGUAAAAAGACGUAAAGCUGUUAAAAUACUUUGGUCUCUUAUUAGCUUCCAUAUAAAGUUUUUGAUAACACUUACCUUCUGUGGCUGUGUCAGUGUGCGGCCAGAUACGUCUAAAGCACUUGAAAUGUUUAAAUGUAUUCAUGCCCCGUUUAAACCCAGAGCUGUUUGGGAGGUCAGUCUCCACCUGAGCGGACAGCAGGUGUACGGAGAGGUUGACAACACCAGCUUUUCUUCAGUUUUCGAUAUGCAAAAAUAAAUUAGGAGUCAAAACGAUUUACCGUGCCAAGUGUUAUCCCGCUCCCUAAAAAAAAAGGUGCUGACACAAUGGUGCCUGUUCACAGGAAUUCUGCUUCAACUAUGAAAAUGUUCUACGAGAUGGUCAUGACAACCUGCGUGUUAUGUUUGUAUUUGAUGAUUAUUUUUUACGUUUGUUUUUCUACAAGAUGCUUUGCUUGAGUUGUUUUUGCAUUGGUUGUGAAUCCACAAUGAACAAGGCCAUUCUAGGCAGUGCCCGUCACUAAGGUGUAUAAAGCAUUACAUGAUUUUUUUUUCUCCUUUUACAUAUGUGUACUGACUUUAUGGAUUUAUUUCAUGUUUUUCUCGACAUCAAACGAGAGAAGCUGGACUCUCACAUAGUAUGUUUUCUGACUGCAGUAAAUGAAGGUAUAUUUGCUGAAGCUUUAUAAGGUUCUCAUGGCAUUGUUGUGGGUUUUUUUUUUUUUUUUGGGAGAUGCCAUAUUUUGAGCAGGUGUAGGCUGGAGAAGGCCCCUUCUUUCUCUCAAAGCACUCUUGUCCGAUCCUCAAACCCCCCCGCCCUCGGUGCAACUCUGAUCCCAGCUCACCUCUGCCUUUUUCUCGGAUUCUAGGUGACACAAGCAAAGACCAUAUGCAAACUGGCAAUGACAGGUUAGCACUUGGACUACUGCAGAGAGAAAAACCAACGCUACCUCAGCUUAAUUUAUUUUAAUGCGAAAACUGUUUACUGGGUACAAAAACAGUAUUUUUUUUCCUCCCCUCCGAAAUACUGUUGCAACAUCUACAGUACCAUCAAAGGUACCAGAUCAGUGAAACCACGGCUGCUGCAGUAAUCCAAGAGUUGUUUAAAUCUCUCCGAUUGUUAUGUAUGUUUGCAUUUGAGCCAGAUGAUGAUUGCAUACAUUUUAAGCAUAUUUCAUGGACUGUAUAUUUAAUGCUUUAGUUUCAGGUUUUUUUUCUUAAUUUCUACUGUACCAUGACUGAGAUUUCCUAGAACUGCUCCACUUUGAUAUUUUCACCCCCCCAUACCUUCGUAGAAGCUACAGAGAGCAUUUUCUGCCUCUUUAUACACAUCCAUCCUUUUUUUUUUUCAAAUUGAGCUUUUUUUGCAGUUUCAUCUCAUGAUUCUGAUUAUUUAUUAUUAAACACGUUUUACACCUAAUAUUCAGUCAAUUGUCUUUUUGUACGUUUGAAAUUUAACGAAUCGCGCGUCCGUUUUAACAAUUUUUGCUGAAUUGCGUAGCGUUUGUGUAGCAGGUUUAUUUGGCGUGUGCGGGGGAAUAAAGGGUUUACAGGUCUCUCAGGUUCAACACGCGACAACAUGCCCUUUCAACUUUUUUUAUUUAUUUGAUUGUUCUGGUGUUUUCUUCGUUAAAAGUGGUUACAGACUGUGGCAUACUGGAAGAGACUAACAUUAGGACGGAAGUGAUAUUUAAAACGUAGUGUCUGUGUAGGUACAUCCCAGGAAGACAAACAGGACCAGAUUUAACCUUCUUCUAAUGUUGUUCACUUUGUCUCCACUUUCUGCCAAAAGAGUUAUUUUUUAUGAAUUUUAGAAACACUUAUGGAAAUAAAUAUGGGUAGUUAAAUGUCAUACAUUGUGAUCUUCCUUUCUUAUUAUAAAUUGUAGCCAGUUUGGACUAACAACCAAUUUUUGUCUGGUAGUUGAGACUACUUAGUCCAGUAUGCAGAAGGGAAAGGGUUUGUUCUAUCCUCAAUUGCUUUGUUCUUCCCUAUUUUUUCACGGUUAAUUUUAGUCGAGACUUUCCAUAGCUUUGUCAGUUCUGUUCGUUUGUGUAUUUAACACAUCUGUUCGCAAUUGUUACUUUAGUGUAAGUUAUAUUUGAAAUGAAACAUUUACUGUAUUUCUCAAAUAAAACUGCUGUGAUAUACUUGAAUAAAAGGUGCAAACUGUA